AAACAUCUGGGAGAGUGGAGACCGGUGAAUGUCUUUGACUGGACCCUGAAGGAAGCAGCUGUGGUCUGUGAACAUCUGGACUGUGGCUCUGCUGUUAUGUUCGGAUGGAAAAUGCAGCAGCCUGCACCUUUGUGGAAGAUCAAACUUGACUGUGUUUGGUCAGGAUCUACUCUGGGGGAGUGUGCAACACCAGAUAAUUCUUAUACAGUCCGGAUUCUCACCUGUUUAGACUCUGUCAGGCUGCUGAAUGGUUCCAGUCUGUGUUCAGGCAGACUGGAGGUGAAGUCUAACCAGAGCUGGUCCUCAGUGUGUGAAGCUGACUUUGACCAGCAGGAUGCAGAGGUGGUCUGUAGGGAGCUCGGCUGUGGGCCUCCUUCGGUCCUCCAGGGGGCGCUCUAUGGAGAAGUGGAGGCUCCAGUGUGGAGCAAAGAGUUCCAGUGUGGAGGCCAUGAGUCUGCUCUCCUGGACUGUAGAAGCUCAGGCUCAGCUAGAAACAGCUGCUCACCUGGCAAAGCUGUUGGACUCACCUGCUCAGAGCCCGUCAGGCUGGUGGGAGAAGCCCAUCGGUGUGCAGGCACACUCGAGGUGAAACAUUUGGGAGAGUGGAGACCAGUGGAUGUCUCUGAUUGGACCCUGAAGGAAGCAGCUGUUGUGUGUGAACAACUGGACUGUGGCUUAGCUGUUUCUGUAGGACAGAGGGUGGAGUCCUCAGACUUGGCAGUGUGGGUGAUGAGACUUAACUGUGUUCAGGUUGGAUCACCUCUGAGAGAGUGUGCAACAUCAAAUGACUCUUCCUCCAUUGUGAAUAUCACCUGCUCAGACCUGCUUGUUCAGCCAGUCAUUUCUUUGUCCUCCAAUGAUGGGGUCUCUGAGGCCCAGCAGCAGGGGUUUCGGGUAUCCAGAAGUUCCAACUUCACCAUCAGUUGUUUCAUCCAGCCACAGUACCCUGGAGGCUCCUUUCAGCUUACCUUCAACAAAGCAUACAAAUACACCCAAGCAGCUGUCAAUCACUCUGCCCAUUUCCUGUUUCCUGCUGCAGAGCCCGCCCACCAAGGAAACUACAGCUGUGUUUAUCACGUUCAUGUUUUUUUUCAUAACUUCUCCUCUGAGAGCCGCCUGCUGUCUGUCACUGUGUCAGAUCACACAGGUCUUACUGUCAGAGUGAUCCUCCUGCCGCUGAUUCUGCUGUUGGAGAACAUUGUCUUAUAUUUCUGCUGUAAGAACAGGAGAAAGCAGAGGUCCAGCAGACAGGAGCACACUGAGAUGGUGGACUGUAAAGUUGGUGUUUGUGCAGAUGAAGGAGCUCAUGGAGAACAGGACGUCUGAGCAGCUCACGUAACAUCUUGAUUAAUUUGUCAGCAGAAACACAACCGACAAUUAUCUCAGUGAAAGAUUUUACUUCCCGUUACUAAUAAAACUGGAAUUAUUCUGUAGUUCUCGUACUGUGUUUGAAACAAAUCUCUGCUCUUUUUAUGUCAGCAUGAAUACAGUUUGAAUCUCACCUGUUCACACAUGGAGACAGUUUGUGGUUUUUCUUCUAUUUCUGAUCGUCACUAGCAUCCAGAGAGUCCACAGUCUGUGGGAGGAUCUUAGCUGAUCGGCUUUCGAGCACAGCCUGAAGUAAAAUUUUUAGUUUGUCCUCUUAGUGAAGCGGAAGUCUUCUGUUUGGGAGGUUAGACACCUUUGGUGAGCUCCCCUCCCCACACCUAGAA